AGAGGAACCCCCUGCCAGAGCCAGAUCUGGGGGGGGGGGGGGGGGGGCUUCCCCUUCCUGGCUCCAGCCCAGCUAAUGAUGGCUGGCCCCAGUUUGGCCGUGAUGACAGGUCUCUCGGAAGGUGUAUUUUUACCCUCUGGACAAACAGCCAGUUUGGGAGGAGUGGGGCCUUUUUAUGAGUUGAGGUACUCGGGGCUGGAAAAUAAACAGGCAGCUAAUGAGACCUUCCUCUGGACACCCGGGCACAAAUAAUAACAAAGGAAACACCUGGCCUGGGGCCCACACCCCAGCGGCGGAGGGGAUAUAAAAGCCACCAUCCAGCCGGUGCCGGUCAGACCUGGGGAAGCUCUGGCUGCGGUCCUGACCCUGCGCCCUGACCUGCGGGGACCAUGGGGUGCUGCCCGGGGGACUGCUUCGCCUGCUGCGGUGAGGAGCAGGAGUGCUGCGAGACGUGCUGCUGCCAGCCCGGCUGCUGCGGCUCCUGCUGCGGCUGCUGCGGCUCCUGCUGCGGCUGCGGGGGCUCGGGCUGCGGAGGCGGCGGCUGCGGAGGCGGCUGCUGCGGGUCGUCCUGCUGCGGUGGCAACGGCUGCUGCGGUGGUGGCUCCGGCUGCGGUGGCAACGGCUGCGGGGGCGGCUCCGGCUGCGGGGGAGGAUGCUGCGGGUCCAGCUGCUGCGGGUCCAGUUGUUGUGGCUCCUCCGGGGGCUGCUGCGGGCCCGUGUGCUGCCAGCCCACGCCCGUCUGCGACACGAAGUGAAGAGCCCCCCGCACCCACUCCACGGAGACAGCCCCACGGAUCGCGUCCCCCCCCACCUCCCUGCUCCGGCCGAGACCCCCUCGUCUCCAGGACAUUCCCGGACAGG